CUUUCUCUCUCAUUUUCCUUAAAAACCACUCAACAUUAAACCUUCUUGUGCCUUCAAACAAAAAACACGUUAUAAAUUUAUAAUCUCAUAUCUCUUUCAACACAAUCUGAUAUUCAGCCAGAUUAACAUAACAUUGAUAAUCUACUGUCAUGGGAUCUGGAUGGUUGCUCCGCUCUAUUACCUGUCUAAACGGACCAAAGAAGAACAAACCAAAUCGAGGCAACGUACCUUCUGAAACAUCAAACCGUAUCAAACCGGUUGGAUCAAGCACUGCUUCCACCAGGCUCACCACAGAAGUCGCUGUUAUUCGCAUUCAAAAGGCUUUUCGAGCAUUCAAGGCGAGGAAAAGACUAUGCAGUUUGAUGAGCGCGAGGAGAUUUAACUCGCUGAUACAAGGCAAUAAACUGAGUAACCAGACUUCAACUGCACUCAAUGUGAUGCAUACCUGGUGCGAUAUACAGAGCCAGAUCAGAGAAAGACGUUUGUAUAUGGUGACACAAGGUAGACUCCAGAACAAAAGACUGGAGAAGCGGUUGAAGCUGGAGAUCAAGCUUCAAGAGCUAGAAGUUGAAUGGUGAAACAAUGGAGGAGAUUCUAGCAAAGAUCCAACAGAAAGAAGAAGCUACAGUGAAACGUGAACGAGCAAUGGCUUAUGCUUUCUCUCAUCAGUGGAGGGCUAAUGCUACACAGUAUCUAGGUCAAGCUUCUUUUAACCUAGGUAAAGAAAGCUGGGGAUGGAGUUGGAAAGAACGGUGGAUUGCAGCUCGACCUUGGGAGAUUAGGGCUCAAUGCCACGUGACUAAACCGAUCAAACCAGCUAAAAAACCGGAAAAAUUAUCACCCAAUGUGUCAAAGACCUCUACUAAACCGGGUUUGCCAAACACCAAGGAAGUCAAAAAUUCCAAAAAGCCUGGUUCCGAAUGAGUUUGAUUAAGCCGUUUUAUGUUUUUUUACAUAUAAAAAUUGUCUGGUUUGAUUUCUUAAUGCUUUGCUUUUCUAUAAAAUUGGUGGUUUAAUUUCUUUUUGUAUACACAAAACAAAACUCUUUUCCUAGUAUUUUUUUAUUAAACCAAGUUCUUUACAUUUUAGUCUAAUUUGGGCCUACUGUAUUGGGCUUCAACGUUGUGAAAACGGCGACGUAUCGUACGGAUGCCAAAUUGUGGAAAAAUGUCAUUCAGGUCUUCUUCUCUCUCUCUCUCUCUCUCUCUGUCGCUAAACAUUUUAAGAUCGCUUAGCUGGUUCGUUCGUGCAUCUGAUUUGGUGCUGUCUUAAUUUUUCUUCCAAGAGUUGAGAAGAAGGAGAAGAAAAAAAAACGACCUAAUCAUAUUUGUUCACGUGAAAGGUUUUGAAUUUAUUGUGGUUAUGAUUGAGAGAGAGUUCAUUUGAGUAAAUCGAUAUUUGAUUGAAAACGACCCCUUUUUAUUUUCUACCCAGAAAUUGAAAAGUUCGAAACUUUUUUUUGUUUUUAACAUGGAUCGAUCUAAUUCCAAAACUCUAAACUUUAAUGUUUCAGGUCUUUUAAAAAUCUAAUCUUUCUUUGGUGGGUGAGGUGAAGAGAUUUGUGGAAUCAACCCGAUUUUGUUCUGAUUCGCAGAUCUCAAAUAGUUUUAUAAGAAAAUGAACAGAAACACAAGAAUCGAUAUCCCUUCACCAUCUUUAGCCACCGUCUCCGCCUCUGCAGACGGUGAGUUUAAUGAAGACGACAUCUUCGCAAUCGACAUAUCUCACGCGCCUCCUCGUCAUUCUCCCGUGUCGUCUCCGUCGCAGCAUCAUCAUCAUCAUCAUCAUCAUCCUGCUCGUCAGCUUCAGAGGAGCAAGAGCGGUUUGAAAAACGUUGAAGCUUCUGGUAUCCUUGCCGCUCUUCCUGAAUCCUCUGGAAACAGCAGUUACUUGAGUCAUGUCUUUCACCACAAGCCUGCGGCUGUUCUCUCUACUUCUGUCUCCUCCACUGUUUCUCCAUCGUCUUCUUCAGGUGGUGGUGGUGCAUCUGCUGCUUCUUCGUCUUCAUCUCGAGCUAUCCCAUCCGCGCCUAAACCUCCUCAAGAGAGGCUUCCGUUUUCAGCUUCUUUUAUAGGUGGUGGUGGGAAGUAUCCUCAGUCAGCUCCUGUUCAAGUGCCGUUAAUGUCUUCCGCUAUGAUGAAUCGCCAUAAGAAGGAGUUUAAGCUGACUGAUGUGGUGGAUGAUGAUGAGGAGGAGGAAGAAGAAGGCGAAAUGCUUCCGCCUCACGAGAUUGUAGCUCGAUCUUUGGCUCAGUCUUCGUUGUUAUCUUGCUCGGUGCUUGAAGGAGCAGGAAGGACACUUAAAGGGAGAGAUCUCAGGCAGGUAAGGAAUGCUGUUUUCAGAAGAACCGGUUUCAUAGAUUGAGUUUUCUUUUUUCUUUCUUUUCAAUUCAGAAAGACCAUUCUUUAAUUUGUUAUCCCAAUUGAUGAACUUCUUUAUCCCCUUAUUUGGCCACUGAAACUUGUCAAUGUGUAUUGUUCAUAUAUGUUGUCUACAUUAGACGAUUUGUUACUUCAUAUCAAAGAGAUUGAUGUGAUUGCACAUGUUUAUAGUUGCUUUCAUGCUUCA